GGGUAAGGAAGCAAAGAUUGAAGCAUUUGCAAUGACACCCUCCAGGCUCUUGCUUGUCCUCUCUCUUGUUUGUGGUGCUUUGCAGCUGGCAGACAUCAAAACAUUUCUAAUUUACAAUGAAGCAAACAAGCUCUGCCUUCAGGCUUCUUUAACUCAGUCAGUUAGAACUGCUACUUGCCAUCAAGACAACGAAUCACAAAAAUUCAGGUGGAUCACCGAUCAUCAGGUUAUGAGUGCCAAACUGAAGCUAUGCUUGGGUGUGCUUUCAAAGGAGGACCAAGCUGUGAUCACCCUGCAUCCGUGUAACCAAACAAGUGAGCUCCAGUGGUGGGACUGCAGAAAUGAGAGCCUGCUUGCAAUCCAAGGAGAAGAUUUGUUUUUUAGUCCAGGCAACAGAGAAUAUGACAAUGUCAUGCUAAGAAAGGGAUUGAGUGCAAAGAAUAAUUGGAAAAUCUAUGGAACUACAGAUGUUUUAUGUUCCCAUGGAUAUGAAGAGACCUUUACAUUACUAGGAAAUGCUUUUGGGGCACCGUGUGUAUUCCCCUUCCUUUACAACAAGCAGUGGUACUCGGAGUGCACAGACGCUGGCAGGACAGAUGGCUGGCUGUGGUGUGGGACAACUGCAGACUAUGACACCGACCAGAGAUAUGGAUUCUGCCCAUUAAAGGAUCAAGACACCACUUGGACUAUUGAUAUUUUAACGAAUGUCCGCUAUCAGAUAAACUUGGAAUCAGCUCUCACAUGGCAUCAAGCAAGGAAAAGCUGCCAGCAACAAAAUGCAGAACUACUAAGCAUCACUGACAUUCACGAACAAAUACACCUUAAAGCACUAACAGAAAAUACAGAUUCUGCACUGUGGAUUGGACUUAACAGACUGGAUUUAAGGAGUGGAUGGGAGUGGAUUGGAGGCAGUGCUUUACGAUAUUUAAACUGGGCUCCAGGAAAUCCCUCUCCAGAACCUGGAAAAAUUUGUGCAGUCUUGAAUCCUGAAACAAAAGCUAAAUGGCAAAACUGGGAAUGUGAUCAGAAACUUGGCUACAUUUGUAAAAGAAGAAAUGUCACCUUGGUUCCCUCAGGCAGGUUUGGGCCUAUUAGUUGCCCAGAUGGAUGGGUACCAUAUAUAGAUCACUGUUACAAGAUCUUCAGGGAGACCAAAGCAUGGAAGGAAGGUUUGACCUCCUGUCAAAAGGAAAAGGGUAACCUGGCCAGUAUUCAUACCCUUGAAGAGCACAGCUUCAUAGUGUCUCAGCUUGGGUACAAGCCAACAGAUAAGUUAUGGAUUGGGCUGAAUGAUAAUAAGGUCCAAAUGUACUUUGAAUGGAGUGAUGGUACCCCUGUGACAUACACAAAAUGGCAUCUGGGAGAGCCAUCCACCACAAACAACAGGCCAGAAGAUUGUGUGCUCAUCAAGGGGCAGGACGGCUAUUGGGCAGACUAUGUCUGUGAGAGAAAAGCUGGUUAUAUUUGUAAAAGAAAACCUAUAUCUCUAACAGCUGGAGAAAAGGAAACCACUGAUGCAAGCUGCAAAAAUGGCUGGAGAAGAUACAGAUCCUACUGCUACUUUAUUGGAAAUGUACAAGCAACAUUUUUAGAAGCAAAAAAGACAUGUGAAGGGGAAGAAGGUUACUUAGCCACAGUUGAAAGUAGAUAUGAACAAGCCUAUUUGACCAGUCUGGUUGGACUGAGGCCUGAGAAAUAUUAUUGGCUUGGUCUCUCUGACAUGGAAGAUCAAGGCACUUUCAAGUGGGUCAAUGGUGAAGCCAUCACCUUCACACACUGGGAUGCAGCAAUGCCUGGUAAGAAGCCAGGAUGCAUUGCCAUGAGAACUAGCCCUGCAGCUGGAUUAUGGGAUGUUAUCGACUGUGAGACAAAGCAAAAAUUUAUCUGUAAACAAUGGGCAAAGGGUGCAACAGCUCCACCUAUUCCAACUACAGCUCUAGUCCCCACAUGCCCUGAAGGCUGGGUAUCAAACACCGUCAGCAGUUCCUGCUUUAAAUGUUUUUACAGAGACAAUAUUGGAAAGAAAUCAUGGUUUGAAGCUCGACAUUUUUGUAGAAAAAUAGGAGGGGAUUUGGCUACCAUUAAUAGUCAGGAGGAGUCAAAAUUAGUAAGUAAAGCAUUAAGCACAUGUCGUUCUUAUGAGAUUUGGACAGGAUUGUUUUCCUUGAAUCCAGAUGAAGGAUUUGCUUGGAGCGAUGGUUCUCCAGUUUUGUACACAGGCUGGGACAAUAGUCCAAGAGAUUCAGGAAGAGACAUGUCCUGUGGCUUACUGAAAAACAGAUUUUCUGAUGAUAAAUGGCAUAUUUCUCACUGUGAAGCUCUGCAUGACUGGAUUUGUCAUAUAAAAAAAGGAAUUCCUCUAAAGUCUGAACCACAUGACACAUAUGAAUAUAAAACCACUGCAGAUGGAUGGGUAAUAUAUGAGGAGAAGCUAUACUACAUCAGCAAAGAGCGUGAGUCUAUGGAAAAAGCCCAGGAGUUUUGCAGAAAGAAUUCUGCAGAUCUGGCUGUUGUUAACAGUGAUAGUGAACGCAUGUUCCUGUUGAGAACUCUGAAACGAAAUGAUAGAUUUUCGGAUUAUUCUAAAUCGUACUUCAUUGGCUUAAAAGUGAGUCUUGACAAAAAAUUUGGCUGGAUAGAUGGGACCCCAGUGACCUAUGUGGCUUGGGCUCCCAAUGAACCCAACUUUGCAAAUAAUGAUGAAAACUGUGUAAUAAUGUUGUCAGACAUAGGCUUGUGGAAUGACAUAAACUGUGGAUCCGCCAAUCAUUUUAUAUGUGAAAAGCGUAACAGUUCUAUCAAUUCAACUUUUGCUUCUCCAUUGCCUCCUGGAGGAUGUCCAGAAGGUUGGGUUUUUUUUAACAACAAGUGUUUCAAAAUAUUUGCUUCCACUAUAACAAGGAAGCUCACAUGGCAUGCUGCACGAAACAUUUGCAUGGAUCUGGGAGGAAACCUGGCUACCAUAUCAAAUGAGCAAGUGCAAGCCUUCCUCUUCUAUCAUUUAAAGGAUGCCGUAACUAAUGUUUGGAUUGGAAUGAAUGAUAUCAACGCAGAGUCCACCUUUCUAUGGACAGAUGGAAGCACUGUUUCCUACACCAAUUGGGUUAAUGGUGCACCAGAAAAAAUACAAAGUUUCUUUGACUAUUAUGAUUACAUCAGUCUGAUAGACAAGACUGUGGAGACAGACUGUGUCUUCAUGAUAAAGACAGAUGGGAAGUGGAGGGAUGAUAGCUGUGACAACGAGAGAGGCUAUAUAUGCCAAACGAAUUCAUUUACUACACAACCUGAAUCAACAACAACAAAACUAUUGCCUGAUGUUGCCCGUUACGGUGACAGUAGCUAUUCAAUCAUCUCAUCUGAAAUGCAAUGGGAAGAGGCCAGGAAAAACUGUCAAAACAAAUCUGCAGAGCUUGCCAGCAUUUUAGAUGCCUAUAUCCAUUCAUUCCUGUGGGUCCAGAUACUUAAAUACGGAAAACCUGUAUGGAUCGGUCUUAACAGCAAUAUGAGUGGCAGCUAUUACAAGUGGACUGACAACUGGAAAACUAGGUACACUAACUGGGCAGCAGGAGAGCCAAAGCAGAAAUAUGCUUGUGUCUAUCUAGAUCUUGAUGGUACCUGGAAAACAGAAUCUUGCAAUGAAAGUUACUUUUCAGUUUGUAAAACAUCAGAUGUUAUAGUCCCUACUGAUCCUGCUCAGCUGCCUGGAGACUGUCCUGAAGGAGAUGAUCUCCAAGCUUGGAUUCCUUACCAUGGCCACUGCUACUACAUUGAAUCGUCAGCUAGGACAAGUUGGGCCUUGGCUUCCCUGGAAUGUGCCCACCUAGAUGCUACCCUGGUUUCAGUAGAAAAUGAGGAAGAAUCUGAUUUUCUGACACACACAAUACAACCUCUUGGAAACAAAGUAGGAGGUUUCUGGAUAGGACUUUACAGGAAUGUGGCUGACCAGUGGCUGUGGUUAGACGAUGCUGCAAUGGACUUUGUCAAUUGGGUGGAGGAAGAGGAGCCCAGUGCAGAGCAUCACUGUGUUGAAAUGACUGCACCAUCUGGUUAUUGGGAUAAUAUUGAAUGUUCUUCUGAAAAAGGAUUUAUCUGCAAAAAACCCAAAGUUGCGCCAAGUGGGAGUCCUCUGCAUGAGAAAGGUAGGAGUUUUCAUAAAAAAAUUCAUCCAUCUGUUCAUCUGUCUGUUUGGCUACUGGGUUUCCUGGCCAUUCUCACUCUUCUUGGAGCUGGCUUAUCAAUCUACUGUUACAAGAAAAAAAGACAAAACCAACUGUCAAGAGAGAAUGACAAUGAAACCCUUUGA